ACGGAUUUGACAUAAAACACAUCAGAUAUGUUCAGCGACGGCUGUACAUGAAAUAUUGUUGAUUGUGGAUCAAUGAGCUCCAGGGAAUCUGAGAAGAUGGGUGAGGAUCUGGCAAGUGAAAGUGAUCUGCUGUCAGUGAUCAACGAGUAUCUGAAGUUCGCUGAGUUUGAAGAGACUGUGAAAGUGUUUGAAAAGGAAGUCAGACGCAAAGGAAAACCUGUCCUCAAAAGUGCAGGACACUCACGGCGAGACUCCAAGACCAUCGGCAUUCACGGUGAUUUUCUCAGCUCUUUUAAUGAUGGCGACUAUAAGGUAUUCUCUGAGCUGUGGGCUAAAACCAUUCCUCCGGAGAUUCGGGAUUUUGAUCCAGUAGCUCAGAAACUGGAAUUCUACUUACAAAUUCAUUUUACAAUAUACCCACUGAAAUCACCUGUAGGAAGUCACGAUAAAGGAGAGUUUGACAACAGGAUCACACAUUUCAAACACUAUCUGGAGACCAGAGGGGCGUCACUGAGCCAGACCACCGAAUUCCUGCCGUUCUACGCUCUGCCGUUUGUGCCCAAUCCCACGGUACACCCGUCCUUCCAGGAGCUUUUCCAGGAUUCCUGGAUACCAGAGUUGAGGGAAAGGCUGGAGAAGUUUCUGUCAGUGACUCUGAAAGCUUCAAACACACCGAGGCUUCUGACUUUAUAUAACGAAGGUGGAAAAGGCAACAAAGAAGUGAUUCAGCAAAUGCAGCUCCAUCUGACCGAGGAGGAAAGAAAGUCGGCCAUCUGCAUGAAGAGAUUCGCUAAGCUGCAGGCCGACCAUCACAACCUCAUCGGCAUCACGGCCGAGCUGGUGGAUUCGCUGGAGGCCACAGUCCGUGGAAAGAUGAUCUCUCCAGAGUACCUGCAAGGCGUGUGCAUGCGGCUCUUCAGCGGACACAUGAGACAGAGUGCUGCUCAGAGCGUAGACUUCACCAGACCCCGGUCUGCAUCCUCAAUGCUGCGGGCAUCGGUCGCACCUCAGUGGCCCAAAGAUGUGCCGUUGUUGCCUUCUCUUGACUACGAGAAGCUGAAGAAAGAUCUAGCGAAUGGAUCAGAUCGACUGAAGGCUUUGCUGCUUCAAGCUUUGCGCUGGAGGUUAACUAGAUCUCUACAUGGUGAGCAAAGGGACACGGUUUUACAAGCCUUCAUCAGCAAUGAUCUUCUGGAGCACUACAGUUCCAAACAGAAAACUGUUCUUAAUCUGAUGAAAUCCAAAAAUGAGAUUGUCAGACAGUAUAUGGCACGACUCAUCAAUGCUUUUGCCUCUUUGUGUGAUGGACGCAUGUACCUGUCUCAGAUACCCUCUUUACUGAGGUUUCUGCUUGAUUCUCUGAAGAAUGAAGAGAAAGAGUCUGUAACUCGAGAAAACCUGCUUGCAGCGCUGCAGAAACUCAGCCUCAGGCGAGCGCAGCAGUUUGCUAUGAUCAGAGAUGGUCUGAUUGGCUGGUUGGUCAAAGAGCUCCACGACUCAGACUGUCUGUCUGACUACACGCUUGAAUAUGCCAUCUCCCUCCUCAUGAACCUCUGUCUGCGCACUCAAGGAAAGAAGAAAUGCGCGGAGGAGGCCAAGCAUGUCCUAAAAGUCCUGACGGAGCUCCUGGGACAUGAGAACCAUGAGAUUCGGUACUAUGUGAACGGAGCAUUAUACAGCAUCUUGUCCAUGCCAGAGAUACGAGAGGAAGCCAAACAGAUGAGUAUGGAGGAGAUCUUACACUGUUACAGUAAAGAAGAAAAUCCUGAACUCAACAGGCAGAUUGAAUUCAUCAUCAAACAGCUUAACUCGGUGGACAUCCUUGAACAUGAACCCGAGUCAGAUGAUGAAGAGGAUGACGAUGAUGAUGACGAGGAAGAUGUUAUGGAGGCAGACCUAGAUAAAGAGGAAGUCCUGCAGCCUCAGCCAAAAGAGCUCAGCGGAGAAUCUUUGCUGACAACAGAGUAUCUCGGGAUAAUGACCAACAUGGUGAAGAUGAAGAGAAGAUCAUACCCUCCAUCGUCUCGCAGCAUAGAUGAGCCCCUCCAGCGGCCCGUUACGCCCAGUUCCCACAAAAACAGCAUAGCUGGUGGUGAUGGAGUCUAUGCCAUUACCCGUCAGAGAAGUGACGAUAGCCCCACCCAUUCUUGCUUUAGUUCCCGCCCACACACUCGCACCGGCAGCCGCCCCAGCACUGCUGAAUCCAUCCACCAAACAUUGGCAACCGAUUCGGAAUGCUGGCGUUCCUCUGUGGAGUCAGGGCUCAUGGGGUCCCUAGAAAGACGUGUACCUCCACCAGGCCCGAACAACACAAACGGCCACUCAUACAGUGGCCAGAACGUGGGCUUUGCAAGCCAGCCUAAGAUUCCUCGUACCCCUGACAGUGACGCAGGCAGUGCUGGCAGGUCUCGUCUGCUACCACUGGCCCCCCAGUUCUCGAACAGUGAACCCCAGCAGAGCUGCAGCAGACCCGGUUCGUCAGGGGGCUCCGGCGGGCGGCCCAGUCAACAGACCAUUCGCAUAGAAAGUGAAAAAAAGAGAAGCUUUCAGCAGGAGAAGCCUAUCGCCAGAGGAGCAUCCAACUUCCUGUAACAGCAUCCAAGUUUCUUAUCGCGGUCAGGCCAACGGAGACGGUCGUGGGCCUGCGGAACAAAGCUGAGGAUUGUGGUUUCAGAGGGCCUUUCAGCCCCUGCAACAGAGUGCCUCUGUAACACAACACACUUGGGCAAUAAUCACAACAAGUACUUUCAUUAUCCCACAACCUUCCGAACGCCUGGCGCUCCGCUUUGUUUCUCUUGAACCACGACCACCCUCGCUCAGAGGAAGCAGAUAGAUGUAAAAACAUAGAAGGAUGAAGGUGUUUUCGGUCAGUCUGAAUUGUGUUUUCAAUGUCACGCAUGUGAUUUGAUGCCGUUUUAUUGUUGUCGCCGCUUUUGUGUACGUUUUAGUCAUAAAACUUAAUAUUGGCCUGUUUUGCAUGAGUGUGCUGUGUAAAAUAGACCUGGUAGAGGAAACUAAUACAGGUAAAAGUAAAA